AUGCUGCGAGGGGUGGUGCGUGCGGGGUGGGUGUGGGCGCGGCCCCUGACUACUAGCGCGGCACCGGUCGCGUGGGAGGAUCCGAGCGCGCGGCGAAAGUGGGUAGAUGCGUUUCGCGCGCAGCCGUUCGAGCGCGGCGCGGUGCACAUUACCUAUGCGCGCAGUUCGGGCCCCGGCGGACAGAAUGUGAACAAGGUGAACACCAAGGUGCACGCGCGCUUUGAUCUCCAGGGGCAGCCGCUCCCUGCGGGCCUCGUGCGCGACCUCGCGAAGCAGUCGCCGCUCUACGUCCAAUCCGCGCAUGCGCUGCACGUCUCGAGCGAGCGGCACCGGACGCAGUCGCAGAAUGUGCAGGAUGCGCUGAGCAAGCUGCAUGCCGAGGUGCUACGUAUUGCCGCCGACGGCCUGCGUGGCGAUACGCCACCGGAGCAGAAAGAGCGCGUCGCACGCCUCGAAAAGAAGCACCGCGAGCGCGUCAAGAGAGAGAAGCAGAUGCGCAGCGCCACCAAGAGUGGGCGGCGUGCCAAACCGUAG